GUUAUUACACACCGCUGCAGCUGGCAGGACUUCAACCCAGCUCUCCUGGCUCAGAGGCUGGGACACUAUUACUGGAAUCCUCCGAAGUACAUAGCACCUGAACUCUGCACUGGCAUCGAGUGGGAAUCUGCUUUUAGUCUAACCGGCAGCAUAGGGCAAAGGAAGUCCUGCCUUCCUCCUUGGCAUUGGUUUAAAGAGAAAACACCCAAUGAUUGGCUCAGCAAACCGUCACUAAUUCUGACCUUGUUGGGGAGACAAAUACAAAAAAAAGAUUCCAGGGGGAGUCGGGUACAAUUGAAGCUGCAGAGGGGAUUCAGUUCGGAGCUUUCUGGUGCCCUAUCACAGGAGGCGUUUUGCCCUCGCCACUGAAAUGCAGCAUAGUCUUCGAUGAUUUCAGCUGUUCCUUUAAAUAGCCAGCAGCCAGAUCGGAGAAUGAUGGUAAUGAUGAGCAGAUGGGAGGCUGGUUUGCAGAGGGAAGCCACGGUCUGAUCCCGCGGUAGGACAUUGGUAAUCGGCCGCACCAGCUGGACGGGAGUGAUGCCAAAAGGCUGAAUGAUCCCAGCAAUGGGAAUCACACUGAGCUCCAUGCCGGUCUCGGGGAACGACGUUCUAAUCUCCUCUGUGAACCACUGACGUGCCUUUUCGCAAGAAAUCUGGAAGCGCACACACACUCAAAUACCCUGUAUGGUCACCCAAAACAAGGAUUGCCAAUUUGCCUGCUGCAUUCGAACAAUCUUUCUAAUUGAUAUGUCCCGCUUUGCUUUGAGGAUAACGUGCAUCUGUGUGCUGUGUCUUUUCCUGUAUGGAAUACUUGUGAAUUUCAUACAGCUGUUCGAUUACAGGUUGCAGGUCCGCAACACUGCAGAAAGGCGAAUAAAUGACAGUGAAAAUGUUGAUGACACAGGUUGUGACAAGUGUUCUCACAGUCAGGUGACAAAUUUCUGGGAAAAGAAUGCAACAGACUGUGCAAAGAUUUACAAGGAGAUUGCCUUGUCUCUCUUUCAAAGGCAGACUGAAGAGGAUGUUACUAAUAAUAUCACCAAACUUCGCCAUUGCCAAUGGCACAAGCAGGAGCUAGCAGCUGAAGAAUUCAGAUCAGAAUUGAAGCAAUGCUGUAACUCUGCUGACAACUUCAUCGUCACUCAAAAGAACACCCCAGUGGGGACUGAACUAACUUAUGAGGGAGAACCAAAAAGGAAGAUAAAAAUCACCGAACAGAUUUUCAGGUUGUUUCCCAAGAAUAUGUCCUUUAGCAGCGUGCAGUACAAACAAUGUGCAGUCGUAGGCAACGGUGGGAACUUGGUCAACAGCAGUUGCGGGACUGAAAUAGAUCGGGCGGAUUUUGUUUUCCGGUGCAACCUUCCUCCAGUAGGUGGGAGGUUUACCCAAGAUGUUGGAUUAAAAACUGAUUUGGUGACCGCAAAUCCAAGCAUCAUCGCAAAGAGUGUUCUUCUGAAUCUUGUGGGAAAACAUUCGAGAAAAGUCGUGACUUCAAGAUCUGUAGCUAUGAGCACUUCAAAGACCCUGCGUUUGAGCUAUCCUUGUAGAUCUGAAGAAUGUCAGUUUGUUGCUACCACAUGGACACAACUCCAGAAACAUCUGAAAAUUCAUCCAAUUUCAGUUGAACAUUGCUGUGCUAAUUGUGAAAAGAAAUUCAAACACCUCAUUGCCUUGCUUAGACACAAACUGAUCCAUCGGGCUCAGGGUUCUAGACAUAUAUGUCCAAUGGAGAACUGUGACCUAAAUUUCACAACUGCCUUUAACCUGGAACAUCACAUCAGAAAAGAUCACUUCAAGAUAUUUGAAUACAAGUGUUACUUCCCAGGCUGCCAAAAGGCUUUUGUAAUGAAGGAAAGUCUUCACCGCCAUCUUGUGGUGCAUGAUCCUGAGAGGAAGAAACUAAAUGUAGUUUGCUUUAAAUGUUUGCUGUGGUUGAACUUCAAGGAUGAGGCUUCCAUUUAAGGCUUUGACACUUACAUGUUCCAUUUCAUUCACUUGAAUGGAAGAGUUUCAUUAAAUUAGUUGAAGGGGUAGUAAAUCUCUUGACUGCUAAACUCAAGCUUUUGGAUUUUGCUGCCUCAUUCUAAUCACCAUUGUGCACCUUGUGCACCCAGCCUCUUUCACUAUUGAUCCAUGUCAGAAUAUCAUUGAACUGCACUUCAAGCCAUUUGAGCUGUUGCACUUGAGCUAAUACACCUGCCCUGUUAUUUUCUCAUCACCCCUUGGUCAAUCCUCUGCAAUUCUCCCACCCUUUAGAAUCAUCCCAAACAGAUUCCUGGCCUGGCAAUUUUGCUGUGUGAAGAAAUUGAUCAGCUGGAUGACAUAUUCAUGUUUAGAAUGAGGGGGAUACCAUGUGAACAUAUAAUCUAAAAAGGGUAUAUGUAGGAAGGAGGUACCCAUAACCAGGAAGUCUAGAACAAAGGGCCAUGCUCAAAAGAUAUGGGGUAGUCCACUUAGUUGAAUUUAAGUUUCUCUUAAUGGGAUAUGAUGUUGCUGGCCAGCCAGCAUUAAUUGCCCAUCUCAGGUUGCCUUUGAGGGUGCUGGUGAGCUGUUGUCUUGAACCAUUGCAGUCCAUCUGCUGCGGGUUGAGCCACAAAGCUGUUAAGAAUUCAACCAUAAGCCUGUAGAACUUCCUGCCACAAAGCGCUUAAGGCCAAUGCUUUGAAGGUUUAAGGAGUUUGACAGUUCUUGGGGCUGAAGGGAAUCAAAAGAUCCAGGAGAAAGCGGGAAAAGGAGCUCAGUUGGAUGAUCACAUGUGGCUGUAUUGAAUGGUGGAGCAGUUUGAGUCUGGAAAAGCAUUCCACAUGUCAAAAUGGAGUUUUUAAACUGUCACACACAGACUCAAAUAUGGAUGAAUUGGGCAAAGCCUCUUAAAAUUCUUCCAUUCCUAGGAUGUCCUCUAAACUAGAUGGUCUUAAUUACUUGUGCUCAAUGUUUUUCUCCAAAUGCCUUCUCUCAUCCAAGUAUAAGGAAUUCACGGUAUCUUUCACUAAGACUGGCCAUCUGUAUUGGUAUGCCAGGUAAAGACACUAAGUUAUUGCUCAGAUCUCUGUCACCAUUUAUGGUUUCUAAAAAAAAAUCCUCCUUUCCUCUUGUAGAGGAAGAGCCACUUUGUCUUGUAGGUAGGCUAUUGCAUGUUAGCUUGGUUACAGAUUACAUUGACAUGGACACUGGAGCAAGUGGUAAGUCUCCCUCCUCUUGAUCAUAAGCUGUCCUACCCACAAAUGUGGACAUGGUAAAAAAUUCUUGCAGGUGGACAAGAUGUUACUUCGACUUUAACCAUCUGUGUAAUGUGGGUCAUACUCCUGUAAUCAACCAAUUGCAGUCAUUCAAUGGACUUUUUAAAAACUCAGUCCUUAGAUUAUUGUUCAUCAAGCCUUAUACUAAAGGCCUGAAGGAACUGAACAACUGUUAUCCAAGUCAUGUUGUGGAAGCUGGUACAAUUACAAUUGAAAGGCAUCUGGGUGGAUUGGAAUAGGAAGGGUUUGGGGGUAUAGGCUAAAUAAUGGCAAAUGGACUAGAUUAAUUUGGAUAUCUGGUCAGCAUGGGUAAAUUGGACCAAAGGGUUUGCCUUUAUGCUGUACAACUGACUCUAGCUUCUGUUUAAAGUUGAAGCUCUUACCCAAAUUCUACUAUACUAUUGCCAUUUGCUUCUAGUCAAACACCUUCUAAUUCAUGCACUUUCAAAUCCAGCCUUGUUUCCUAUGUAUCUCCUGCCCCACAAUCUACCAAUAUCCUUCUAACUGUAGUCUUUUGAGCUUUGAUUCCAAUUGCUCCCCCAUUAGAAUGUCAUACCUUUCAGUCAAAUUUCAGGUUGAAUUUUUCCUUAACGUAUCUAAGUUUUGGUGAUGGUCCCAUUGUGAAUCCAGUGACUUUUAACCACUAAUAUAUACCUUGGUGAAAUGGUAAAUAUCAUUCAUUCUUCUAUCUUUCUAUUGAGUGUUCCCUGGGAACACUCACUCCUCCCUCUAGACACACUUUGCCUUUGGGUGUAAUAUAACUGGAUGCCUGUUGUAUGAAAAUAUUAUUUGGGACGUUUCCUCUCUGUAGUAAUCUACAGUCCUGCACUCUAAUAGCAGUAAAAAUUAUUAUUGCCAUAUCCAUUUAUUCUAAUUUGUUUGGAUCUACUGUAUAACUUGGAAUAAAUCAUAAUUGCAGAUCAAUCACAAAUAUAGACAAAAAUGGCAUCCAGACCAAAGGAACCUCGUGAUUGAAGAGAAACUGACCAGACUGUUCAGUGAUAAACAAAUUUUCAGAUCAAAAAGUAAAAUAGUGUGUGACCUCUCCGGUCUCUUUAAUGAGCGUAAAAUUACACAUCCUGUGAGCAAUGAAGUCAAUCUUCCAUGACUAUUUGAAAACCAACUGCUUUUACAAGAAAAAAAUUUGAAUUUCUUUCCCAUAGUACCUCAGGUGAUUUUUAAUUUGUAACUGAUUUACCACCGCUCUUGAAGUUUAAGUGCAGUUGUGCCUUUAGGUUUAAGUUUGAGCUGGUGGUAUUUUGAUUUGAUGUUAGUGUUCUAGUAUAAAAAGUGAGUCUUAUCACUUGAGCUUUGUCUAACUUUGAAUUUGCAAUUGCUCAAGGAAAUUUCUUGGAGGUUGCUUUAAGAAUGUAACUUUAAUGCUUUAGGUGUGCCUCUGGUUCCAUUGUCUAGGCAAUCUUCCUGUACAAAGGGUUGUAAGCCAUCCUCAAGGGUGUUUUUAUGGCUGUUAAAAUUAAGCUAGAGUAUUCUGGAAACUGUUUCUUUGAAGAAAAAAUUGAAUCCAGUAUGGACUGAAGAUGUGCUGAAAAGUAGUCUCAUCUUAGUUUGGCUUUUUUCAAAUUUCAUAAUGGCCUCUUUCAGGAGUGUUGCAUGAAUACUUCUAGGUGUAACUUAGUUUUUAAUUUGUCAAUGGUUUGCAUUAAUUACUUAUUCCAAAUUGACCUUUGGAGGUGGUAGGCUACUUUGUGAACACAGUACAGGAUUCUCCAUUUGAGGCAAUGGAAAUGUUUUCAGAUUGAUUUCACAUGGUCUUGCACUCAUAUUGGAGUGCUGUCAAUAUUUUUGAGCCAAGGUUGGCUUGAUUUAAUUGGUUAUAAACUGAAUAUUCAUGUUUUAUGUAAAUAAAUACAUGAACUGAAGUUUGGUUUUGUUUCUGUAUUUAACUAACUACAAUAAAUAUCCAAUCCACAAUUUUUUGACUUGCUUCCAGCCUAGACUCAUGGCAUUGCGACUUCAUAUUGAAAUGAACACCAGGCUACAAACUGACAAAGUUGCAACACAAUGAUGCCACCCGUAGGUUGCAGGAACAGCAACUCAUAUUCCGCUUGGGAACCCUGCAGCCCAAUGGUAUCAAUGUGGACUUCACAAGCUUCAAAAUCUCCCCUCCCCCCACUGCAUCCCCAAAACCAGCCCAGUUCUUCCCCCUCCCCCCACUGCAUCACACAACCAGCCCAGCUCAUCCCCUCCCCCCACUGCAUUCCAAAACCAGCCCAGCCUGUCUCUGCUUCCCCUCACCUGUUCUUCCUCUCACCCAUCCCUUCCUGCCACCUCAAGCUGCACCUCCAUUUCCUACCUACCACCUCAUCCUGCCUCCUUGACCUGUCUGUCUUCCCUGGACUGACCUAUCCCCUCCCUGCCUCCCCACCUAUACUCUCCUCUCUAUCUAUCUCCUUUUCUCUCCAUCUUCAGUCCACCUCCCCCUCCCUCCCUAUUUAUUCCAGAACCCUCACCCCAUCCCCCUCUCUGAUGAAGGAUCUAGGCCUGAAGCGUCAGCUUUUGUGCUCCUGCUGUGUUCAUCCAGCUCCACACUUUGUUAUCUAGGACACUCAACAUAUGUUACUGUUGUUCCAGAAAUACUUCUAACUUACAGCAGGACAGGAUUUUCAUUAAAGAAGUUUCAAACUUGGUUGUGGUCUGCCCCACUUAUGGUAACCUUUAGUUUCCUCUGGAAAAAGAUUACUUGCCAAAUUAAAAGGGCCAACUCCAAUAUUGAUAGUUUAGUGGUAAGUUUAAAUUACUUUCUUUUUUUAAUCAAACACCGUGGAAUAUCUGACCUUGGGAGCAGAGCUCCUGAUGCCUUGGGAAUUUGGACUAAUUUUGGUGCAGUUUGAAGAAGCUAAUAGUCCAGAAGCCCAAACUGACUGUUUGGGUCCUCCAAAUUGUUACAAAACUCAUGGUACAGAUUUGUGAACUUCUAAUCAAAUAUCUUUGACCAGCUGAAUGGUCUGAGUCAUCAUCGACUAUUAAUAUAUCAUGGUUUCCAUUGUGCAGGUGGAAAUUGUAUGCAUGCAAAGUAGAUCCACCUGAGGUGGUAAGUUAGUGUGAGACUGUAUCCUGGAUUUGCUAACCUUUCUGCAGUAUACUGGUUUCUAAUUUACACUGUUACAAGACAAUAGAGGGAGCUGCGGGGCCACUAUUGUAGCUUCUAUCUAACCUCCAGCUUGAUUGCAAGUCAAUAUUUGGCCAUCAAUGUUGUGCAGAUAAUGUGUGGAAAUGUCCAGCUACGUAACUGAUUCACCAGAACUGUUGUUUUAAUAUUUCUGCCUAUUUAAUGCCUAGCUUUACUUUCUCCUAGUGCUGCCUUCUGAAACUUGUAGGAGUUUAAGAUUACAUGAAUUUCAGUAUUGGUGCCUGAACUAGUUUUCUAAAAAUUGCAUAGCUAGGUCACUAUUUGUAAUGCAUCAGAAUUUGCAACUGAUGCCAUGGAAUUGGAGGAUAAAUUCUAACAGCUUCUGUCUCAAAACUUAGUAUCAAUUGUGCCCACUAUCUCAGACAUUUGCUUUAGUUAUAAAGCAGCCUCAGGCUGACUAAAUAGCAAGAAUGUUGGGUACGUUGGCCAAGUAAAACUGAAAUCACAAUACCCACAGCAGCCAGGUGCUAAUGACAUUAGCAUAAUAUAGAAGGAAACAGCCACCUGCAACAACUUGUGCACUAAACAAGGGAAGCCCAGACAAAGGCACUACGUUCUGCUACAUAAAGAAACUUGACAGUCGUGUGCCAUUUAAAUGUCCACUUGUUUCGAGCUGUGUGCCUUCUAUGAUUGGUUAGAACUAAAGUUUCAGAAAACCGUCUAAAAUGGCAUUAAAACACUUUGGCCUCCUCAGACUAUUGAGGUUUGCAGGCAGUGUGGUGAGAGGCAGAGACCGGCUGACCAGAGGGAGAAAGCAGCUAUGCAGAACUAGUCUGUGAAUUCACAGUUUGUCUGAAGUAUUGUAACAAUAAGUGGUCGAUAGUAUGUGUUAAUAUUAAAUUAUUGUAAAUUUGUUCCAAUAAAGUGGAUGUUUUGUUUUA